CAAAAAAAUCUUGUGUUAUGUAGAGUAUUCUACUUUCAGUUUUAUUGUUCACCCAUUUAAACAAAACAUGGGAAUGUUAGUUAUCAUGAAAGUUUAAAUGUAGCAUAGUAAACUUUUUAUAAAAGUGUAAUCCUAAUUAACAGUAUACUAUAUACCAAUCUGAAAAGACUAUGUCAGGAGUUGCACAUGACAAUACACCAUAGUUAAUUAUGGUGUGAAGUAGAAUAUAUGCAAGAACUCUUACCACAUGCAAUGUUUUUUUCAAAAACUUCAGAACUUGAAAUCUUACCUCAACUUUUGUUAUUCUGUUUACCAUAGAAAUUGUUUGAAAAAACAUGUAUAUGUAUUAUGUUAAUUAUAUUUCAUUCAUAUAGUUAUAAAAUACAAUAAAAUGUUAAAGCUCAAGACAAUGUCAAUGUUUUCUCUUCUUUCAAUUUUUCUACUAUAUUUGCAAGAAACAGAUUCGAUUGCAGUGAUGUCAGUUGACAUUGGCAGUGAAUGGUUGAAAAUAGCCAUUGUAAAGCCUGGUGUCCCAAUGGAAAUAGCAUUAAAUAAGGAAUCGAGACGAAAAACGCCACUUGUUUUAUCUAUGAAAGAAAAAGAGAGAAAUUUUGGUGAUCCUGCUCUUGGCAUAGCUAUCAAACACCCAAAGAAUGCUUACAUAUAUCUGACACAUAUUCUGGGAAAGAAGUAUGAUAGCGAAGCUGUUCAAUUGUAUAAAAAAAGAUUUCCAUUUUACAAUUUGGUAAAAGAUAAAGAAAGGGGGACAGUGUUAUUUGAAGCUGAAAAUAAUCACAAAUAUUCUGUAGAAGAACUAUUAGCAAUGGUUCUAAAUAACACUCGACAUAUAGCUGAAAAUUUUGCUGAUCAUCCAAUGAAAGAUUCAGUUUUGACUGUGCCAGUAUACUUCAAUCAAGCGGAGAGAAAAGCAGUGCUGGAUGCUGCCAAUAUGACAGGAUUAAAUAUUUUACAACUGAUCAACGAUAACACAGCUGUUGCUUUGAAUUAUGGUAUCUUCCGAGCUUCAUCAUUUAAUUCAACAAUGAAACACAUUAUGUUUUUUGAUAUGGGAUCAAGCCAUACCACUGUUACCAUUGUGGGGUACAGCACUACAAAAGUUAAGGACAGAGGAUAUGUUGAAACUGUUCCACAACUUGUUGUCAAAGGUGUUGGAUUUGAUCCAGCAUUGGGUGGUUUAGAAAUGGACAUGCGUUUAAGAGACCAUUUAGUAAAAGCAUUCAAGGCUAAACACAAGUGUAAGAAUGACAUCACUAAAAAUCCUCGAGCCAUGGCUAAAUUGCUUAAAGAAGCUAGGAGAGUUCGACAAGUUUUAAGUGCUAACACUGAUCACAGAGCACAGGUUGAAAAUCUGUUCGAAGAACAUGACUUUGCCGUCCAUGUCACCAGAGCAGAGCUGGAAGAGAUGUGUAAAGAUCUUUUCGAGCAUGUAGACAAGCCCAUAAAAAUGGCAUUAAAUGCGGCUGCCAUGACUAUGAACGAUAUCGAGUCAGUCAUUCUAAUGGGUGGUGCAACAAGAAUACCAAAAGUUCAAGAUAUUUUGAUCAAGACGACCGGAAAAAAAGAACUUGGCAAGAACAUCAACACAGAUGAAGCAGCAGCUUUAGGUGCUGUGUACAAGGCCGCUGAUCUAACUGCUGGCUUCAAAGUAAAAAGGUUUAUCGUCAAAGAUUUGAAUAUGUAUCCAAUUGAUGUUGAAUUUGAUCGUGCUGGCAACGACGAGUCGGUAAGAAGAAUAACAAGGAACUUGUACCAUCGCUUGAAUCCUCUGCCACAAAAGAAAAUUAUGACGUUCAAUAAAAAGCCAAAGGAUUUUGAUUUUCAUGUAAAGUAUGGGGAUCUGACAUUUCUUUCGAAUGAACUUGUAAGUCACUUAACGCUGGGUGGACUCUGUAACGUCAAAUUAUCUGGCGUUGAGACUGCUCAUGAGAAAAACGUAAAAGCUACACCCAAAGGCGUAAAAGCAUUUUUUAAUUUGGAUGAAAGUGGUAUACUACGCCUAGAGAAAGUGGAAGCACACUUCGAAAAAUCACCAGAACUUGUCGAGGAAGAAUCACAGUCUACAUUUUCAAAACUUGGUUCAAAAUUAUCCAGUUUUUUUGGCUCUUCAAAGUCCGAAGACGAAACCGUUGAGACUGCUAAGGAAACCAGCAGUGAUGAAAAAGCUGAAAAGAAAGACACGAAGGAGGAAGAAUCAAAAAAGACAGAAGAAAAACCAACCGAAAAACCAAAAGAAUCGAAUGUUACUAAAGUUGCAGCCAACGAAACUGCAAGCAAUAAAACCGAAGAGACGAAGCCCACCAAACCUGUUGUUGCAAAGGAAGAACUUACCUUUGCUCAUGUUAGCAUUGAUUUACCACGCCUCAAAAAAGAAAGUUUUGAUGCUUCUGUUAAAAGGUUAAACGAAUUGGAAGCACGUGAUCAGGCAAAGUUUGCCACCGAGAAAGCUAGAAAUAGUUUAGAAAGUUACAUUUUUGAAUUCAAAAACAUGCUUGAUGAAGAUAGUUUUCAAGAAAUAUCUACCAAGGAGGAGCGCACGAAACUGCAAGAAACCUUUUCCGCGGCAUCAGAUUGGCUGGAUGAAGAAGGCUUUGACGCUGAUGAGACGGUUUUAGUUAAAAAACUGAAAAAUUUGAAGGAAGCCGCUCAAGAUAUCCAAUUCCGGAAAGACGAAAGUGUUGAACGACCGAAGGCUAUUGCAUCUUUGCUGCAGAGCUUGAAUUUAACUUCCGUAUUUUUUGACUCGAUUAAGUCUAUACCUGAUAGCAAAGAAAUAUAUAGCGAAAAAGACAUUAAAGAUAUGGAGAAGAUCACAAGCGAGGCGAGGGAGUGGCUGAUGACAACUUGGAAGAAACAAAACGAAACGAGCCUUGCUGUGAAGCCGGUUUUGCUCAGCAAAGAUAUUUUAUACCAGCAAGGAAAAGUCGACCGUGAAAUGAUGUAUCUUAUCAAUAAAGCAAAAUAUUACGUACCGAAGCCGAAACCCAAAGCAAACAGUACCACCUUAAACGCAACUCAGACAAAUGGCACGAAAAGCGAAACGAAUAAAACUGAAACAGCAGAACCCGUUAAAGAUGGAAACACCACAAAAGAUAAAAAAGCCAACAAAGAAGGACCCAAAGAAAAACCAGCUAAAGGAUCUGGGGAAGAAAAACUAGAAAUAAGAGAAGGGUCUGGGAACCAGCGACGUGAUGAAAAAGAGCAAUUGAAAACUGAUAAGAAACCAACUGGGGAAGAUCAUCAUGAACCUGACGAUGAACUCUAGCAGUUCUCAAAAGAUUAGGAUUUCAAUUUUUAGGCUGUUACAAAAUAUUUUUCAGGCGUAUUUCAUUCUCACGUUCGAUGUACCUUCCUUUCCUUUAUUUCCAAUAUCGCAAAAAUAACAUUCCUUUGCAAGUUGAACUAUCGUAAAUUUAUAAUAUUUAUGUUUGAAUUAAAAUAAAACAUAGUAUUAAGAAUAUAAAGCUAAAAUAACUUUUUGAAUAUAUUGUAUUCUUAACGUAAAA